AUGAUGCUCGACAUCAUCCGGCAACCCAUCUCUACCAACUCGUACCUCUCCUCCCGUCAUGACAUUGUUCUGUGCUACACAGCUACCAAAAUUCAGUCUGUUUACGGCUUGCGUGACAACAUUGAUUAUCCCAACUCAAAGGACUGCGGAGAACUGCCACGUUUGGGAUCUGAUCUCACAGGCGGGUUAAAGGAUAGCAUCAGUACACUUUGUCUUAUCAAUGGCAACCACUGGGUGGCCAUCGUAGUCAACCAGAGUGAGAGAAAGGUAUUGUAUGGUGAUCCAGGAGGUUCGGGAGCACCUGUGGCGCUUCGAAGUUCGUUGAUUAUUGAAAACGGUGAUGAACACGAGGAGAUACUUGAUGAAGAUACUCAUACCUGGCUCAAUGACAAAAUUGAAAAAAUGCCUGGUGAUUCCACUUUCGAUGCCGAGGAAGACAUUGACUUAGACGUGCCGGAACUCACAAAAAUUCUCGCUGAUGAUCCACCCCAAGGGAGUGUGUCGAAAGGUAAGAAGAGCAAAUGGUGGCUUGCAUUGAUGACGCCGACGAUGCUGAUGGCGAAUGGGUCUGGAAGUGAAAUUGCCCAGCGCACAGAAGUUUUUUCAUCAAGAAUAGUUAAUAACACCUGUUUUCGACGAGUUAGCUUGAACUGA